AGGGGGGCUCCCGGUGCGGGGCUCCCGGUGCGGGGCACGGAGCCUCCCGCGGGGACAGGCAGGGCCGCGGGGCCCGGCCUCCGUGCUGGGGGCACGCGUGUCCCAUCCCGGGAUGGACGCGAGGGGCCUGGUCCCGGGGGAGCUGAGGGGAGCGGGGCGCAGCAAACGGCACAAGGCAAAAGCGGAGGAGAGGAGAGCUGCGGCCCGCGAGCUGACUCUGCCACCGAUCCCCAGCGAGGACAAGAAGAAAGGGGAGAAGAAGAAGCCAGUUACAUUUAUGUUGAGUAAAAAAACACCCUUGCCUUCGAAGACAUCGUCAUCCCGAGAGAAAUACAGAAGUUUUACUGAGAGGAAGUCAGCGCUCAAGGAGGCUGAAUUAGCUAAAACACUGGAAGAGAUCAAAAUUACCACGGAUCUGACCAAGCAGAAGAUAAAUGCCAUAGAGGAGCUGAAGCAGCGCAGCGCCCACCUGGCAGAGGCCAACUGCCGGCUGAUGAAGGACAUCCAGCACACCGAUGCCAGCACUGCCGAGCAAGCCAGAGACCUGCUGCAGCAGUACGAACAAUUUCAGAUGGUCCAGGCAAUGACACAGACCUUCAGUCAGAGCAGACUGGACACGGCGAGGGCAGAGCUCCAGGAAAUGGAAAAAGCAAUGGAAAAGAAUCUGGAAGUGAAGCUCCAGCAGCAGCUGGAUGAAGCCACAUCAAAAGUACAGGUUCUCCAGGACGAGCUCGGCGUCCUGCGGACCUACAUGGACGUGCAUUAUCCCAAACAGGCUCUCCGGAUAGUCCUCCUGCUGUCCGACAUCCAGAACCUGAAGGAGCAGCAGCAGGAUGAGAUAGACAAGACAGAAGAAAUGGGGAAGGCCGUCCUGGAGGAACUGGAAGAGAAAGCACAGCUAGAACGAGAGGAGCUGUUGCAGAAAGUCGUGGAGGAGGUGUUGCUGCACCAGGAUGGCCUGAAGCAGCUGGUCAUAAACAACCACGUUCUUCGGUGUGAAAUAACAAGGCAAAGAGAGAUUAUUAAGGACCUGGAAGAGGAGAUCAGCGAGCUGCAAAGAAGCAUCCAGACGCUCCGCCAGCGUGCAAGAGACCCGAGAGAGGUGAUCUUUGCUGAUGUUUUUCUCCGCAGACCAAAGUGCACACCGGACACCGAGGUGGUCCUCAGCAUCCCCGCGGAGGAGGCGCCGCUCCCCUAACGCUCGCAGGCCCCUCGCCGGGCUCGGGUGCGGUGCUGA